UGCUUUAAACAGGAAGUGACUCCCAGAGCUCCAGGAGCAGUCGUUGCACACAAAAAGAGGAAAAUUUUAAUUUUUUUUGAGGGCGAGACAGAAAUGGGGAGGGUAGAGCGUGAAAUGAGGAAGUGGGAGUAGAAGCUGCUUCUGGAUCUCAGUGCAGGAAGACCUUCUGGAGCCGUGCAUUACCCAAGUGAUGGAACCGGACACGAUCGAUCGACAUGAUGCCCAGCACAACGGGACGGCGGCUGGCGAACAGCUCCUGCAGGGUUAUCAGGAUGACCACUUUGAUGCCCAGAUUGAUGACUUCAUGGCCCCAAACCAGGAUUACAACGAGGAGGAGGAGGAGCGGAAAUAUUUCUGCCGGAAACGCCUGGCAAUGGUGAAGAACGUGGUGUUUGCCAGUCUUGGUAGCUCCCUCACCUAUGGAGUCUAUUUGGGUCUACUGCAGAUGCAGCUCAUCCUCCAUUAUGACGAGACCUACCGGGAGGUCAAGUAUGGAAACCUGGGGCUUGAGGACAUUGACAAUAAGAUGUUGAUGGGCAUUAACGUCACUCCCAUUGUUGCCCUCCUCUACACGCCUGUCUUGAUCAGAUUCCUUGGGACCAAGUGGAUGAUGUUCCUCGCCAUCGGAAUUUAUGCCCUCUUUGUGUCGACCAAUUACUGGGAGCGAUAUUACACCUUGGUCCCAUCGGCAGUUGCCAUUGGAGCAGCCAUCGUCCCACUCUGGGCCGCAGUGGGGAACUACAUCACCAGAAUGGCGCAAAAAUAUUAUGAAUAUGUUAAUUAUAAAGAGGACCAUGUUCUGGAACAGAAGAAACUGCCCAAAGGAGCAUCUCACCAAUAUGUCAUUAUCUUCCAGUCAAUCUUCUACUUUCUGUUUAAUCUCAGUUUUGUGUUUGCUGAGAUGCCCAUGGCCUUCUUCCUGAACCGCUAUCUCUACCAGUCCAACCACACACUCUACGAUGUCAAGCGGUGUGGCACCGAGAUGAAGGGACUGAUCGAGGGUCUGAACAAGACUGUGUUGAUGAAACUGCCUCAGAGCAUCAGCCUCAUUGUGGUGGAGAGUGUCCUGAUGGCUGUUGCAUUCGUCGCUAUGAUACUGGUGCUGACUCUCUGCGGCCCCGCGUACCGGCCCACCGAGGAGAUUGACCUGCGCAGCAUUGGCUGGGGCAACAUCUUCCAACUACCCUUCAAACACAUGCGGGACUACCGCCUGCGGCUCCUGCUGCCCUUCUUCAUCUACAGUGGCUUCGAGGUGCUGUUCGCCUGCACAGGCUUCGCCCUGUCGUACGGUGUGUGUUCGCUGGGGCUGGAGCAUCUCGCCAGUAUCAUCAUCGCCUAUGGUGUCUCCGCGUCGGUGUUCUCGCUGCUGUCUCUCUCCAUGCUGUGGGUAGCCCGCUCGGUGCCCCUGCUAUCGGGUGCCACUGUCCAGCUCGUGCUGAUCAUCACCCUCUUCUGCUGGGCCCCCAGCCCCAAGAAGAGCCAUACUACCAGCCUGCUGGGCGUCUAUGGUGUGGCUGUGUUGUGGGGGCUUGGCACGGCCUUGAACAAGACCAGCCUUGCCACUCUGUUGGGAAUGUUGUAUGAGGACAAAGAAAGACAGGACUUCAUCUUCUCCAUCUACCACUGGUGGCAAGCUAUUGCAAUCUUCAUGGUGUACCUCUGGUCAGGAGCCCACAUGAAGGUGAAGUUAUCGAUCAUGCUGGUGACUCUGGUCAUUGCCAUCGCCUCGUAUCUGUGGAUGGAGCGCAAACUGGCACGGCGGGACCCCUUCCGUCUGCCCCGUAUCCCCAAACCCCAGCACAAGACUAAGGGCUACCGCUACCUGGAGGAUGAGAAUUCCGACCAGUCCGAUGAGGAGGCCGAGAGGCAGAGUAAUCCCAGUGAGCCAGACCCGGAUCAGGAUCCACUGGACACUGACCUUUACCAGCCUGCUGACCCUGAUGUCGCUGAGGGGCAAGACUGACGGGCCCUUCGCCCAUCACAAGCUGCUGUGCCUCUUGUUUGCUGAUGCCAGUUUUCUUCUUCGAGCCGCUUAAUUGCGUGGAUCUGAAGACCAGUUGCUGUUGUCUUCAGGUCAGGAACAUGUUGGCAUCUUUGUUUGAAAUUAACCUGGAAUGCAGAGCAUCCCUUUCUGGUGCGAGGGUGCCCCUUAAGUCAACAGCACCAGCACCAGGUCCGGGGCGUGGGGGGGAUAAACCUAAACAGUGCUGACUGGUGGUGGAAGGCCUGUACUGCACUGUGAUGGUUGACAUGGCAGAAUUCCAUGGACUGUUAAAAGUCACAUGACACCAGGUUAUAGUCCAACAGGUUUAUUUGAGAUGACAAGCUUUCGGAGCGUAACCCCUUCAUCACCUGAUGCUCCGAAAGCUUGUCAUCUUAAAUAAACCUGUUGGGCCAUAACCAGGUGUCAUGUGACUUCUGAGAUAACAAGGUGUAGAGCUGGAUGAACACAGCAGGCCAAGCAGUAUCAGAGGAGCAGGAAGGCUGAUGUUUCGGGCCUGGACCCUUCUUCAGAAAUGCUGAAAUUCAUGUGACUUCUGAAUUUUUUUCAGCCCAGUCCAACACCUGCAUCUACACAUCAUGGACUAUUAUAGCCAUAGAGUUGGAAGGAUGUACAGCAUUGAAACUGACCCCUCGGUCCAACUCGUCCAUGUCAACCAGAGAUCCUAAAUUAAUCGAGUCCCAUUUGCCAGCAUUUGGCCCAUAUCCCAUCCAAAUGCCUUUUAAAUUUUGUAAUUGUACCAGCUUCCACCACCUGCCCUGGCAGUUCAUUCCAUACAUGCACCACCCUCUAUGGAAAAAGUUGCCCCUUAAAUCCCUCUUAAAUCUUUCCCCUCUCACCUUAAACCUAUGCUGUCUAGUUUUGGACUCCCUACCCUGUGGAAAAGACUUUCACAAUUUUAUAAACUUCUAUAAUGUCACCCCUUCGCCUCCGAAGUUCCAGGGAAAAUAGUCCCAGCCUAUUCAGCCUCUCCCUAUAGCUCAACCUCAAACUCUGGCAACAUCCUUGUAAAUCUUUUCUGAACCCUUUUUAAGUUUUACAACAUCUUUCCAAUAGCAGGGAGACCAGAUUUGAACACAGUAUCCCAAGAGAUGCAGUAUUUUCUCCCUGUAGCAAGUGGGUGGAUGUGACAAGCAGGUUACCAUAAGGGACAGAUGCAUGUUUGUGAAGCAAGUUUAGGACGAUAGUGGGAGAAAGUCUGCUAGGCUUUGCAGAAGGGGACCCUCUAAGAAACUCAACAAUAAUGAUACUUAGACAAUCUUCAGUAAGAUUUGAGUCAGGGAGGUUGAUGCAUUAAUGAGCAGCAACAGGCAUUUUUCAGUUCAAGAAAAGCUGCCUGGUGACAGGCCUUGGAUUGGUCAAGCUGUGCCUUGCUACAAACUAGGGAAGCACUGCAGCCACCAAGGAGAAAUCAUCUUUCUCCCUCCUCUCAAUGUGAGUGAAAUGAUGAAAGGAAAAAACGUGAAUAUUUAUCAAGUCAGUUCAAUUGCAAGUAAAGACCUAGGUCCAACUGAUCUGUUGUUGAUUAAAAGAGCAACCAUCACUUUUAAGGUGCAACUGUGUAUCAACAUUGCUAAAAUCCAAAGAAAUUGAGAUCAUUUAACCCUUCCUUGUGAUCUGGUCUCCUGGUCUUCAGAAUUUUAUUUUCCAUGUCUAUAUUUACCACACCUAAGACACAGUUUGACACACACAUCAUUUGAGAAUGACUGAUUGUGUGUAAAUGAGUAAUGGGCAUUUCAAAGGGGUGUAGAUCAAGUCCUAUAGUAGUAGAUCAUUAGUCAUUUCUGUCUGCCAUUUGUUAAAUAAUUGUUGUGUUUAAAAUAAAGCAUUAUUUUGUGUAAAUGA